AUGGCUGACGAAACCCCUGUGACUGCGCCCGAGGGCGAUCAGCCCGAGCGCGCUACUGAACCCACUGUCUCCGAGAAGAAGUCUGAGGAUGCGACCAUGUCGGAAGACAAGCCUGCCGAGACUGAAGCUGCGACCGACAAGAAGAUGGACGCUGAAGCUGAGGCUGAUAAGCCUGCUUCCUCCGACGAGGUUCCUGAGCCCAAGGCCGAUGGCGAAGCCACUGAAGCUGCACCUGCCGAUGCAGAGGCCGCUGCGCCCGCGGAGGCCAACGGAACCCCUGCCUCGGCGAAGAAGUCCUCCAAGAAUCGCCGCACCUCUACCGGUGCUCAGAAGCUGAGCCGCAAGAAGUCUCAGAGUCGCAUCACCCACCUGGAUGCUAAGCCAGGCCAAACCUACCUCGCCCGCCUUCGCAGUUAUGCGCCCUGGCCUGCUAUCAUCUGUGACGAGGACAUUCUGCCACCCAGCUUGCUUGAAACUCGUCCCGUUACCGCCAUGCAACAGGAUGGAUCCUACAAAGGCGAGUAUGCCGACGGUGGCAGACGCGCCCAUGAACGUACCUUCCCCGUCAUGUUCUUCGAUACCAAUGAAUUCGCCUGGGUUCCCAACACUAACCUGACUCCUCUUGACCCUGCUGAAUGCAAAGAUAUCUCUGAGAAGAACAAAACCAAAUCACUCAUCAAUGCCUACAAGGUUGCAUCUGAGGGCCACAACCUUCAGUACUUCAAGAAGCUCCUGAACGACCACCAGGCAGCUAUUGACCAAGAAGAGGCUGAGCUUGAGGCACAGGAAGCGCAGAAGGCAGCCGCCAAGGCCGCAAAGGAGGCGAAGAAGGGUAAGCGCAAGAGCAAGGGCGCUGAGACCGAUGUCGAAAUGGAGGAUGCGGAUGACUCCAAGAAGUCCAAGGCUCCUUCUAGGAAGCGCAAGAAGGAUGUGGAGACUGAUGCUGAAGCGGAAAAGCCCGCUAAGACCCCCAAGAACAACACAAAGCUGAAGUUGACCACUCCCAAGGCUCCCGCCGAGGAUACUGGAAAGAAGACUCCCGCCAGCAAGACCAAGAAAGCACCUGCCAAGAAGGCCAAGGCAGCUCCCGCUGCCAGCGACGAAGGAGACAGUGCCGACGCUAAGGAAUCCGAGAAGCCCAUUGACCCAGAGGAGCUGAGAAAGAAGAAGGAGAAAGAGAGUACGCGAUCCCCCAUCUCCCCCAACGAGCCCGACCAGGCCAGCUUAUACCUUACAGAAGAUGAGAUGGCUAGCAUGGCCAGCUACUUUGACAAGUUGGAGAAGCAUUCCGACUUGGAGGUGUCGAUCAUUCGUUCGACCAAGAUCAACAAGGUCCUUAAGAUGAUUGUCAAGCUCAACUCGAUUCCCCGGGACGAGGAGUUCAACUUCCGUCACCGUGCCAUGGCCAUCUUGUCUAGCUGGAAGAACAUCCUGGACGCGGACACUCCCGGCCCGGCGGACAAGGAUGAGAAGCCUGCCGCUAACGGAUCCAAGGAGGAGGAUGGUGUUGAAACCCCCAAGCUGGAGACAGAAGAGGAAAAGGAGCCUGAAUCCAAGUCAACUAACGACGUUGAUUCUCCAAUGCCCGACGCGGAUGAGAAAGCCCCCGAGCCUGAGAAGGAGGAAAAGUCUGAGGAGAAGGCAGUUGAGGAGCCUACCGAGGAGAAGACCGAGGAGAAGACCGCAGAAGCUGCUGCUUAA